AAAAAAAUUCAAAAACAAAAAACUUUAAAUAAAAUAAAACAAAACCAAAAAAUCAAAACACUCUCCAAUCUCCACCUAACUCUCUCCCCUCAUGACCCAAUUCAGUCCCCUCCCCAACCCAACCAAUCGUACCCUAACAUCAUAGCAUCGCUACCGGAAAAAAAUGCCACCAUUCACAUCUCGAGCUACCUCCGCUCGAUCUCCCCCACCAUCUUCAUCAUCACAUCCCUACCCAUCAUAUCCCUCUCCUUGUCGGGCUUGUGACGGUGCCUCUUCCGCGGAGGCGAAGGCGACGGGGAGGGCUGGUGACGGCGGUGGCGACGGCGGUUUGGUGUGCGUGUUCGAUUCAAACAAGCGGGGAGGUAGCAGGGGAGCUUUGUGCGGUCGGCGGUGUAGCGGAGGAGGCAAUAUUCGAUGCUAACUUCCCUAGUCGUUUGGCGGCUGCGCUCCGCAAGGGGAAAUCCGCCAAGGAACUCUUUGGAGGUUUCGAUCUGGUGGUACGGAGGGAGGGCGAAUAAUGCCGAUGACUCUUCAGCUGCUCCGAGAGCUGUCGACUUAGCUGCCGCAAUUGAUUUUCCUUUCUUCUAAUCGAAAACAGAAGGGAAAUGAGAAGGGC